AUGAUCAAGACCCUAGAGGAGGAGCUGUUUGGGAACAAUGAGGAGAGUCCAGCUUUCAAGGAGUUCUUAGACCUGUUGGGGGACACGAUCACACUGCAGGACUUCAAAAGUUGCCGAGGAGGCCUGGAUGUGACCCAUGGACAGACAGGGGUGGAAUCAGUGUACACUACAUUCCGGGACAGGGAGAUCAUGUUUCACGUCUCCACAAAGCUGCCAUUUACUGAGGGAGACGCCCAGCAGCUCCAGAGAAAGAGACACAUUGGAAAUGACAUUGUGGCCAUCAUUUUUCAAGAAGAUAAUACACCAUUUGUCCCAGAUAUGAUUGCCUCCAAUUUCUUACAUGCCUACAUUGUUGUGCAGGUUGAGACCUCGGGCGCAGAGACCCCAUCCUACAAGGUCUCUGUCACCGCGCGGGAAGAUGUGCCUGCCUUUGGCCCGCCUCUGCCCAGCCCCCCUGUUUUCCAGAAGGGCCCGGAGUUCAGGGAGUUUCUGCUCACCAAGCUCACCAAUGCAGAGAAUGCUUGCUGCAAAUCGGACAAGUUUGCGAAGCUGGAGGACCGGACAAGGGCUGCCCUCCUGGACAACCUUCAUGAUGAGCUGCACGCCCACACACAGGCCAUGUUAGGACUGGGCCCAGAGGAGGACAAGUUUGAGAAUGGGGGCCACGGGGGAUUCCUGGAGUCUUUCAAGAGGGCUAUCCGUGUGCGCAGCCACUCCAUGGAGACCAUGGUGGGCAGCCAGAAGAAAUCACAUGGUGGGGCCAUCCCUGGCAGUCUCAGCGGGGGCAUCUCUCACAACAGUGUGGAGGUCACCAAAACUACCUUCUCGCCUCCGGUGGCAGUGGCAACAGCGAAGAACCAGUCACGGAGCCCCAUCAAGCGGCGGUCAGGGCUCUUUCCCCGUCUACAUACGGGCUCUGAAGGCCAGGGGGACAGCCGGACGCGAUGUGACAGCACAUCCAGUACCCCCAAGACCCCAGAUGAAGGACACUCUUCUCAGGAGAUAAAGUCUGAGACUUCAUCCAACCCCAGCUCUCCUGAAAUCUGCCCCAACAAAGAGAAGCCCUUCAUAAAGUUGAAGGAGAACGGCCGAGCCAAUAUCUCCCGCUCCUCCUCCAGCACCAGCAGCUUCAGCAGCACUGCAGGGGAGGGCGAGGCCACAGAGGAGGGUGACAGUGGGAUAGGUUUGCCUAGCAGCCAGCCAUCUACAACCUCACCCUUCAAGCAGGAGGUGUUUGUCUACAGCCCGUCCCCGAGCAGCGAGAGCCCCAGCCUGGGGGCAGUGGCCACGCCUGUCAUCAUGAGCCGGAGUCCCACGGAUGCCAAAGGCAGAAACUCCCCAAGAUCAAACCUGAAAUUCCACUUCGAUAAGCUCAGCCAUGCCAGCUCUGGUGCGGGUCACUAAUGUGAAGAAGGAGUUCUUCGCCUGUCUGAGGGAUGCCCCGAUUCUGUCCUGGAGAAGGCUCCUAGUCUGGCAGUUUGGGGGUGCCAUCCACUACUCUGACCAUGGCAGGCCUAUUCCCCACUGGCCAUCUGCCCACUAGGUCUGCUGUCCCAGUAUCCCAAACCGGCUAUGGCCCUGCCCGCUCCUCACCAGCACACCCUGCAGCACCUCCCUAUGUCUGGACAAGGCCUCACUCCUUGAGGUGCCCCUGCUCCUGACCUCCUGAUGUGACAUAUGUCUGGGUGAUUUGUCAUCUUGUUUAGUCUGCAGAGGAAAAGAGCGCUGGGCCAUGGAGAAUCUGGGUCCUUGGGGCUUAGCCAGAGAGUGGGGAGCUGGUCUGCCUCUGACACAAAGAGUGGGGAGAUGGGGCUCAGAGGCCAACAGCGGGACAGGGUGCCCUGGUGAGUAGCUGGCAGAGGUGGGCCCUGUCUGUCCUUGGUCACAGUGUGGCGCCUUCCCAGACACAGCAGGCAGGAGGCUUUACUGGCUCCAGUGCAUUCUAUAGUGGUAGAGGGGCCACUUUCCAGGAACCAAGAUUCGUAUCAUUCCUAAGCCUGUCCUGAUAAAAAUUGGCUCUGUUGCUCUCAUGUCUCUGGAGCUCUAAAACAUUUUCCUGCUUCUGUGCUAAGAACUUCUCACCCAUCUGCUGAUAUAGGCCUAGGACCGCCUCCAUCCCUGUUGCUAGUGCACUGUGAGCAGGGUCAGGCUGCUGAAGCUUGGAGACAGAGCUGGUGUGUCUGGGAUGGGGCACUACGUGUGUCCUUAACUGUGGUCAGAACUCUUUGUCCCAUCUAAUUUCAGCAAGGCUCCUGCUUGUCCUUGCUGUGGGAGAAGCCCCAUGGCAAUCUCUCUCCUUUAGGCAGAUGCUUUUUCCAUAAAGGUGCAAGAUUCUAGGAGCAAGAAGGAAUUCAGGGAGAGCAAAUAAGCUGGGGAAAACCUCCGGGCCUGAGGCUUGGGCUGCGGUCUGAGUCUCUACUGGUUGUGGAGGUUCAAGGGAGGCAUAAAUAGUUUAACUUACCACUUAAGAGAGGGGCUGAGGGGAGGUAAGGGAUGACUUGGGUUCUGAUAGGCCAAGAACAUACAGUCCCUUAGCAACUUAAUGUUCCUCACAUCUGUGUGGGUUCAGUGCUAGCUCGGGGGGUGGGGGUGGGAGAUCUUUCUAGCUGCCAUGCCCCUUGGCUGUGUCUAGGGCACAAUCUCUCAAUCCUCUUCUUUCCCUCUGCAACUGUGGCUCUGUAGGCACUUGUCACCUCUGUGGGAUUCCUGCAACCUGGGUCCCAUCUGAGUAUGGUUCAGAGGUCAAGUGCCCUCAGCUAGAGUGCCCUUCAGGGUGAGC